AUGACAUAUCAACCUGCUAUUAUGAGCGUCUCCUUAGGAAGAGCUUGGCUCCAUGAUUUUGACUACAAGAUGGGCCAGGCUUCAAAAGCAGGUUUCAAAGGAAUAGAAAUCUUCUACGAAGACCUCGAUUAUUUCGCACGAGAAAUUUCUAGGAACGACAGCCCAACAUCCGAUCAACUGCUCCAAGCAGCAGAUGAUAUUCGGUCAAUCUGCCAAGCCCACGCGCUGGAUAUCAUCACGCUGCAGCCGUUCCUCUUCUAUGAGGGGCUCAAAGACCGAGAGCAACAUGCACAGCUGAUUGAAAAGAUGAAACUCUGGCUGCAGCUGGCAAAACGUUUAAAUACCAACACCAUCCAAAUCCCCGCCAAUUUCCUCCCCGCAAACCAACUCACCGACGACGUUGAUGUCAUAGUUGCCGACCUGAGGCAACUGGCGGAUAUGGGCGCCGCCGAAACUCCUCCUGUCCGCUAUGCGUAUGAGAACCUCUGCUGGAGUACGAUCAAUGACACCUGGGAGAAGGUCUGGGAUGUCGUCAAGCGAGUUGAUCGACCUAAUUUCGGCAUUUGUCUUGACACCUUCAACAUCGCGGGGAGGGUGUGGGCCGACCCCACAUCGCCAACUGGCAAGACAGUCAAUGCGGAUUCGGAUUUGAAGGAGUCGCUCGAGCGAAUGGUUGCCGAUAUCGAUGUUGCGAAAGUCUUUUAUCUUCAGGUUGUGGAUGCAGAGAGAAUGGAAUCGCCACUAGUCCCUGGUCAUCCAUUCCACGUGGAAGGCCAGCCGGCGCGAAUGAGUUGGUCCCGGAAUGCGAGAGCAUACAUGUACGAGGAGGACCGCGGAGUAUAUCUGCCAGUCGAAGAUGUAGCAAGAACCAUUGUGUCAGGGUUAGGAUACAAGGGAUGGGUCUCGAUGGAGUUGUUUUCGAGAACGAUGGCUGAAGAGGGUCAAAAUGUACCUGAUCAACAUGCGCAGAGGGGUAUCGUAUCUUGGAAGAAGCUACAGCAGAGGCUCCAGCUUAAUUAA